AUGCCUAUCCUCUCAAUGCCCAGUCAUACCUCAUAUUUCACCCAGGCUGUGGUGACCUCUAUGAGGAAGCUCUACCCGGAGGCAUUGGCAGACAAGAGCUUUGAUAACACAGGAUUGCUGCUCGAAGCUCCCUUCGACUAUUCCCGCAAACAGAGGAACUCGGUUCUCCUAGCCAUUGAUCUCACAACAGCUGUUGCCGACGAAGCCAUUGGAAAGCAAUGCUCGAUUGUGGUGGCAUACCACCCAAUUAUCUUCCGCGGCCUCAAAUCCCUCACCUUCGCCGACUCCCAACAAAAGUCCCUCCUCCGCCUGGCACAGCAUGGCAUCAGCGUCUACUCACCACAUACAGCCGUCGACACCGUCCCCGGUGGAAUGGCGGAUUGGCUCUGCGACGUCGUGACAGGCAGCUUCAAGCUCAAUUCAACAGCAAAGGCUGUCGUCAACCAGUGCGGAUCCAUUAUGUACUCUGCGCCUUCCUACCCAGAAGCCCCGAUCCCAACCGUCCACUCCUCACCGCAAGGACCACCCCACACCCGCAGUACAAUCCACCCCUCGCCGCCAGCCUCGGUCCCCGAGGGUUUCGAAUCAGCAGGUGCCGGCCGCCUGGUCACAUUUACCGAAUCACAGCCUCUCGUCACGCUGAUCGAUAACAUCGCCCAUGGCGUCGGUCUCCCGGGUGGUAUCCCCAUUGCCCUGCCGCAGGGUCGUUCAGUAGACGAUAUAAACAUCAAAACUGUUGGCAUGUGUCCCGGUUCUGGCUCUGGCGUCCUCCUCCGCGGUGACGGGCCUAUCCCGGACCUCCUCUUGACCGGUGAGAUGAGCCACCACGAAGCUCUGGCAGCCACGGAGCGUGGAUCAGUUGUUAUUUCGCUUUCGCAUACCAACUCUGAGCGGGGAUAUCUGCGUUCUGUUAUGCAGCCUAAGUUGCUCGAUGAAGUUGAGCGGUGUUGGAAUGCUUGUAUAGAUGAAGCUUCCGGGUUUGAAGGUUCUGUGAUGAGGAGUUUGGAGGAGGAUAAAGAGAAAAAGCUUGUCAGCGAACUUCACAAUAUGCAGGGCAGGGUUGAGGUUCAUGUGAGCGAGGCUGAUCGUGAUCCUUAUGGGAUUAUGAUCUGGCGUGGUAACUAG